AGCCUCUGGAUCAACGUGGCGCUGACCUGCGUCAAGCUCUACAACGUGCUCACGUCGGGCUCGCUCGCCGUGCUCGCGUCGCUCGUCGACUCGUGCCUCGACCUCGCGCAGACGCUCGUGCUCUUCGUCGUCGAGCGCAAGGCGCACCUCGCGGCGGACGAGGAGUACCCGGCGGGGCGGAGCCGCCUCGAGCCCGUGGGCGUCAUCGUCUGCGCCAUGCUCAUGGCCGUGGGGAGCCUGGGGGUCAUCUACGACGCGGGCGGCUCCCUCGGCGCGACGGGCGCGCCGCCGCCGCUCGACGUGUCGUUCGACACGCUCGCGUCCCUCGGCGCGACGAUCCUGUCCAAGGCCUGGCUCUGGGCCUACUGCGCCGCCGUCGCCGAGCGGUCGUCGACGGCGCUGGCCCUCGCCGAGGACCACGCGAACGACGUCAUGUCCAACUCCGUCGCCGUCGUCGCGUGCGGCGUCGCGUCGCUCGCGCCGUCGCUCUGGUGGGCGGACCCGGGCGGCGCCAUCGCCAUCUCCAUCUACAUCAUCAUGGCCUGGUGGGACAUCGCCCGGGACCACAUCGAGCAGAUCGUCGGCAAGGGCGCGGAGCCCGACCAGCUCCGCGAGCUCUCCAAGCUCGCGUCCAAGUUCCACGGCGGCUUCGUCCUCGGCACCAUCCGCGCCUACCACUUCGGCCCCAACUUCAUCGUCGAGCUCGGCAUGAUCGUCGCCAACGACAUGAAGGUCUCCGAGACGCACGACCUCCGCGUCGGCCUCUCGACCGCCGUCGAGGAGCUCUCCUGGGUCGAGCGCUGCUUCGUCACCAUCGAC